CGGACACAAAUUAAUGGGCGAAAGAUCCAAAGGUUUCCUUCUCUUUGAUUUUUUUCCCCCAACCAUUUUUCCUUUUGUUCAUCUCUCGCCGAGGUAGAUUCGUUUCAGAGGAAGAGCGAGGGAAUUGUACUCGCCGGGACGAGGAUAUCCUGCUAGGGUUCCGAUUGGAGGCGGAGAGGAGAAGAAAUGAGCGCGAAUUCGGUCCCGGCGUCCAGCUCCCAUGACAACCUCGACGAGCAGAUCGAGCAGCUUAUGCAGUGCAAACCGCUGUCGGAACAGGAGGUUAGAGUCUUGUGUCAGAAAGCCAAAGAGGUGUUGAUGCAAGAAAGCAAUGUCCAGCCAGUGAAGAGCCCUGUGACAAUUUGUGGUGACAUUCAUGGGCAAUUUCAUGAUCUGGCAGAACUGUUUCGAAUUGGAGGCAAGUGUCCAGAUACAAAUUACUUAUUUAUGGGUGAUUAUGUGGACCGUGGGUACUAUUCUGUUGAAACUGUAACGCUUUUGGUGGCCCUCAAGGUUCGAUAUCCUCAAAGAAUUACCAUUCUCAGAGGAAAUCAUGAAAGUCGUCAGAUUACUCAAGUUUAUGGAUUUUAUGAUGAAUGCUUAAGAAAAUAUGGCAGUGCAAAUGUAUGGAAGACCUUCACUGAUUUAUUUGAUUAUUUCCCAUUGACAGCCUUGGUCGAAUCAGAAAUAUUUUGCCUGCAUGGUGGGCUAUCUCCAUCUGUUGAAACCCUUGAUGGCAUACGGAACUUUGAUCGUGUUCAAGAAGUUCCACACGAGGGAGCUAUGUGUGAUCUUUUAUGGUCUGAUCCUGAUGACAGAUGUGGUUGGGGUAUUUCUCCUCGUGGUGCUGGAUAUACAUUUGGCCAAGAUAUAUCUGAACAAUUCAAUCAUACUAAUAACCUUAAGCUGAUAGCCAGAGCACAUCAAUUAGUCAUGGAAGGAUACAACUGGGGACAUGACCAAAAGGUGGUUACCAUAUUCAGUGCCCCAAAUUAUUGCUAUAGGUGUGGAAAUAUGGCCUCCAUCUUGGAAGUUGAUGACUGUAAAGGUCAUACAUUCAUUCAGUUUGAGCCGGCACCCAGGAGAGGAGAGCCAGAUGUGACUCGCAGAACACCCGAUUACUUUCUCUGAGUCCGCUAAUUACUAGUUAUAUUCUUGAUUUCUCACAGCAAUUACUGCUAGCUAAUUUGCCUUUUGGUUGCUGACAUCUUAGAUCCUAGGAUCAGCUUGACAUUCGUAUUCCAAACUGCUAGAGUUUGGUAGUUUCAUGCAUAAUCAUGUUGAAAGCGGCAAGUGGUGGUCAUUAAUCUGUAAGGGGGUUUCAUCAUGGUUGGGGAUGGCGGGGGUAACCAUGCAGCUCUAGGAGAGCAGCCUUUGUUAUUCCGAAGUGUCGUGAUAUUCAUUCCCAUUUCCCUUCUCUCUCUUUAUUUAUUUUUCAGUUUCUAAAUUCUGUAGAGGGUUCAUUUCAACUUGCACACUGCUUUAGCAAAUUCAUAGAUUCAGCUAACCUUUCAGUUCUUGUUCUUUAAUUUCUGUAUAUUUGUUGUCCUAAUAUUGAUUCAUCUUGGUAGAACAACUUCAGGUUAUA